AUAAACAGGUAAAAAAUGUUGUUAGGUAACUUGGCUGAAGUCGGUAUAAAAUGAUUAUUUAAAAAAUCAUGAAACCUAAGUCUGGAAGUUGUUUCUUUAUAUAUUCCACUUAUUCUAUAGCUGACUUUCCUCAGUAGCACUUAAACCCUAAACAUUAGAGAUCAGCUUGUCUGCGUUGUCCAAACAGAGACACAAUAUAUGUAACCAGAUCGCAAAUAGUAUUGCAUAGCUAAAAGUCUUCUAAAUCCAAUUACAACUGUUAAGUACGGAUUGUUUUGUUUCUAAUCUAUUAUCCUUGAAUCGUGUGGCUUACAUCUUUCUCACUGAAUAUACAAGCCAUUAGUUUAAAAAGAUUUGGAACUGCGAUAGCUGCGAGCUGCAGGCAAGCCCUUUUUAAGUGGUUUUAUUACAGCCUAUUUGCUUUACCCACAGAAAGGGAGGUGGCUGCUGUAAACACCAGGAUAAGUUGGUGUCAUGCUGCUCUUGUAGCAUGUGACGGCCGGGUUCCCGGGACUGUCCCAUCCUGUUUCAGAUCUUACAGUUCAGCGCUUCCAGCAAAUGUUCUCUUCCUUCUCUUUUCGUUCUUAACUCACCCCUGGGAAUCAAACUAAACAAAAUACAGGUCCCGAACAGGAAGCAAAUUUCUUGUAGAAAGUCAAGAAAACAGCUAGACAAGAAAGUGCAGUCUCUGGGGUAUCUCAUAGGUGUUAUGAGCCAUUUGCUCUUAAAGUUGGAGUGCUGCAGUGAUUCUGCUGGUUCUGUGAAGCUGGGGUAGGAGCAAACUGAGCACACAAACCCUCCUUGCUGCGCCGAGAUACUGUUCCUGAAAACAAGAGGAAACAUGGUUUAUACAGCGAAUGAAGCUUAAAUUCCUGGACCAAAAACUGAGGGCCUUUUUUCAUGAAGGAUGGCAACACCAUAUGUUCCUGUUCCUAUUGGAAGUUCAUCAUCCAGCUUUACAAACAGAAACCAAAGAAGUUCUUCCUUUGGGAGCAUUUCAACGAGUUCAAGCUCCUCAAAAGGACAGCUGGAGGACUCUACAGUUGAUAGUUUUAAAAAGAUGAGUGUGCCUGACCAGAUUGGUUCCACGUCAUCUGCGUGUAGCAGUCCCCUUGUUAGGACUAAAUUUACAGGUCUGGAUACAUCCAUAGAAUACAGUACUCAGCCUGUAGAAGAAAUAGAGCAGAAUGAAGAUUCUAGGACCUGGGGAGAUCGACCAUCCACACCUACUAUUCUGGGCUAUGAGGUGAUGGAGGAAAGGGCAAAAUUCACUGUAUACAAAAUACUGGUGAAAAGAAGUCCAGAGGAAAGCUGGGUGGUUUUCAGACGGUACACAGAUUUCUCCAGGCUUAAUGACAAGCUAAAAGAUAUGUUUCCAGGCUUUAGGUUGGCCCUUCCGCCAAAGCGCUGGUUCAAGGAUAAUUACAGUCCUGACUUCUUGGAAGAUCGACAGCUGGGGCUGCAGGCAUUCCUCCAGAACCUAGUAGCUCACAAAGAUAUUGCUAACUGCCUUGCAGUGAGAGAAUUUCUUUGUCUGGAUGAUCCUCCAGGUCCUUUUGACAGUCUAGAAGAGAGCAGGGCUUUCUGUGAAACUCUGGAGGAAACAAAUUAUCGCCUACAAAAAGAACUGCUUGAAAAACAAAGGGAGGUUGAAUCACUGAAGAAAUUAUUAACUGAAAAGCAACUUCAUAUCGAUGCUGUUGAAAGAAGAAUUAGGGAUUUAUCUUUAGGAAAAAUGACUCGUCAAAUGUCAGGAGAAGAAAGUGAGUUCAGUGGUGAGGUGGAGUCUUCUGCAAUAGAAGCAGACCAGGGUACCCUGGGUGAGGACAGCUGCUCAGACAAAGAGAACCACGAGCCAUGCUGGAGUGGCUCUUUGGCUGGAAAUUCUGUCCCAGAAAUUGAAGUUGCUGAAGUAGCGUAUACCACGGAUGAAGAAUAGCUGAGCAGCAGCGGCUUUACCUGGGAAAGGUUCAUGUUAAAGGUGUAUCUCUGGGUAGGAUCAUAGAGUAGCUGUGAAGAAUUCACAGCAAAGAGCAAGAAUGCACAUAUUGAAUGUUUACAUAAAUCCUUACAAAUUAUUAAUGUAAGAAAUAUAUCCAGUGCUGCUUUGAUUUCAGUUUUUAUCUAGCCUUUAUAUAUUUAAUAUAUUGAAGUCUAAUAAGGGCUAAAAUCAGCUAAAGUUUAGAUAGUGUAUAUACACAAUUUGGCUGACUUUCCUAGCAGAAUGACAAAAAGUUUCACAUUAAAUCAUGGAACACAUCUAACUCAUAUGUCAUAUAUUGCCACUGUUGUGACAUAUUUUAUGUGUUCAUCCUUUUGGUAUUUGUGUUUUCUUAUAGCCAUAAAACAAUGCUUGCUGAAGUAAAAAUGGACUCAUUUGUGUAUAGGAAUGGAGAAUGUGUUGGUUUUAAAUUCUAAAGUUGAAGAAAGUGUCUCUGGAAGUUUUAUGCAAUGCAAUAGGAAAAUUUCCAGUACCAAGAGAAAAGUAGUUACAAAAUGGGAUCAUAGUUGGACAUUGUAAAAUGGUCAUUUUUGCUGAAAGAACUGAUCUGAGACCCCCAAAACACUGUGUAUUUUCAUCCCAAGAUAGCAUGCUGUAAUACUUUUUGUUCAGUAAUGCUGCUUUGAAAAUCUGGGAUACCUUUGUCAUAUACAUGUAACAACAAAAUCUAUAAAUUUGCCUUUUGCUCAGAACACUACCUCUUGCCAUCUUGCUAAUGCAUUCAUGUUUGUUAAAUAUUCCAGAUUAUAUGGAGGCUAUUGAAAGACUUGUAAAAAAGCCAUAUUUUUCCCUGGACAGUUCAUAACUAGAUUGAAUCUAGUCGCAGUGUAUUUUUGUUUCAAUAUAUUGUACACAUGGGGAUGUUGGUACCUAUGUUGUAUAGCCUAUUUUUCAAAAUGUAUUAAGACAGGAGAUGCACUUUAUAAUUAAGACUCCAUUGUGCCAAGUUUGGUUGGCUAAUUGGUUGAGAAAUGGGAGUUGCAGGGAGAGGAUUAUGUAGUGCCUUUUUGUAUUUUACUUGUUCAUUACUGCAGAAUUUUGUUAUAGUGCUCUGGGUCAGUUCUGUGGAAUCUUUGAUACAGCAUUUUUCUGUUCUUUACUUAUUUACUGAAAGUGCCUUGUUUUAUUAUGCUGUUCCAAUAGAAAGAAUGCUGUUUUGUUUUUUGGGGUUUUUUUUUUGUUUUUUUUUUUUGCCCUAUACCACCCACAUCGUUGUUUAAUGUUGUCAAUAUGCAGUGUCUUUGUGCUGGAGUUUUCAAAGGGAGCUUUGUACUUCAGGCUAUGCAUACAAUGACCUUUAUGCAGAACUGUAUAAACCUUCCUGGUGAAAUAAAACUAUGGACAAAACACCUGUCUUCUUUUUUGCAUUGUAGAAAAAAAGAAACAUUUUUUUGUUUCCUUGAAGUAGAAGGAUAAAAUAUUGCUAGAAUUAUACAUUUCUUACCUCAGAGAUUUUCCUGCAUUUACUCCUUGGUCUGAAUCCUAUUUUUACCAAAAAUUGUCUGCAUGAAAAUGAAUGAGACUGCUGUGACACCAGAAACCUUACUGUGCUUCUGUUGAAGGUAAAAAUAAAAAAUGAACUGAUUUUUUUUUUUUAAUAUCCUACAUAAAUCCUCAUAGGUGUUGAGUGAACUCAAUAAAGUUUUGGCACAUUAUUGAA